AUGGCUAUCUGCUGCAUGCCACAUGUUGAGCGCGGACAUAUUUCUCUUGAUGAUGCGGAAGCGGUAGAGCGGCUCUGUCCAGAAUUGAAGGAUGUGCGUGUCUUACGUGGUGGGGAGCUUUUGGAGAAGAAGAGUGGGAUUACGUUGAGGAUGCUUCUUACUCAUACUGGAGUGUGUGAAGGGAAGGAUGCUGAUAGUGAUAGCGCAGCUGGCUUCGGAUACUCGUUUUCGAAUCACGCCUUACGGGACUACGGUCGACCAGCAGGGUAUGAUGAGUUCUCGGGCUGUUUUGUGGACUUCCCGCAACCGUUGGUUAAACAGCCGGGGGACGUGUUCGAGUAUGGUGCACGCCCUAUCAACAUGGACUGGGCUGGUAUCGUCCUCGAACGGCUGACAGGCCAGAGACUGGACCACUAA